UGCUUAAAAUAAAAUGAAAUGGAGCGAGCAAUAAUGAGGACCAUUUUAGUUUUACAUCUUUUCGAAUUAACAAGCGUUGUUGCCAACUGGCAACUUAGAAGUCGAGGUUGAAGAGGCAUGCAGAAAUGCACGUUGGGAGGCAAAGGGCAGAGAGUAUUUGUAGGAUCCAGAGACCUUUUUUUUUUUUUUUCUUCACCUUGUAGGAUCCAGAGUCAACGUACAUAGAAUCGCGUCCAAGUAUUUCGGAUUGUUGUUGUUGGGUUCCUCAUCUCCACUCUUUGUUCCCGGGUCGACAAUCGACUGUUAAUCGGUUCGACCCGAUUCACUAGGUCCCAGAAAAGAUAUCUUUUUUUUUUUUUUUUUUUUUUGUUUGACCAAAAAUACGUACUAAUUAAGGCAUACAGCAACCAAUAUUGUAAGAAAAAUAAGUCCGUCCAUGGAAAAUUUCCCCAGAAAAAAGUGGGAAAAUUGAAAAAAAAAAUAAUAACAGAGCUUGUUGGCUGGGGUGGUGGCUGUGGUGUUUAACAGAAAACCUUUUAGAGAGAGAAACAAUUUCUUUUCCUUCCUCAACCCUCUUUCAGAGAGAUGGUCGAAGAGAGGUUAUUUUUCUAAGAUCAUCCUGAAAAGGGCAGUCAAGAAAAAAAAAAAAAAUCUUGGAUUUUAAUUGAUCAAUCCAUAUAUUUCCUACUUCUUCUUGUUGAAAAAUUCUACGUCAUUUUUUCUCUUUGCUGACGUUUGGAGUCUUAGAUAAUCUCUAAUCAUCCAUCAUUAACACCUUUGUUUCAUCAUUAGCAACCUGCAUUUUCUGGUGCAAUCUUCAAUCUUGAAGAAUUGUGAAUUGUAUUCAGCGUCUGAAACAAAAGCAGCAACAAAGAUUUCAUUGACUGCCCUUUUAUCCCUACUUUCUGCUAAAGUUGAUCCUUGGAAGUUCAUCAAUCCCGGUUUGUGCAGUUGUUGAUGAAAACGGAGGUGUCAUAACCUAAAUUUAGAGGCACAAAAAAUGAGAGACCCUGAUUUGGUCAUUUGUGUUAAGCGGGCUGAUAUUUUGAUUUCCUCAAUGCUAGUUAUAUAGGUUGUAGAAUAGAUUUGUGUACAUAAGAAAAUAGCUAAUUUUCUCUUUCUUUUACUUGUAUAAUUGUCCGAGUGAUCUUCAUCGCUUGGAAAGUCAUUGCAUAUAAGAAAACUGGCGAUUUUGUGUGGCAAUUUGUAUAGAGUCCUGGCUGGUGGCAGAUAUUAUUACUGCCUCAACCACUGCUACACAUGGCUCUUCUAGCAAUGGGUGGUAGAUGGAAGACAUAUGGAUUCAAGUUAUCAUAUCUUGCGCUUCUGAUUAUUCUUUAUGAUGUUCACGGAUGUAGCUCACUCAAUUCUGAAGGAUUGGCAUUGUUGGGAUUACGAUCAAAAGUGGACUCUGAUCCAUAUGGAGUUCUUGCAAACUGGAAUCCUGAUCAUUGUGACCCAUGCAUGUGGUCUGGUGUACAGUGUCUCGGGGGGAAAGUGCAAAUGUUGGAUCUCCAUGGACAUUCUUUGGAAGGCACAUUGGCACCAGAGCUUGGAAACCUGACUCACUUAAGAUCAAUUGUGCUGUCAAAAAACAAUUUUUUUGGUGCCAUUCCAAAAGAAUUUGGACAACUUCGAAGGUUGGAAGUGCUUGACUUGACAGAUAAUAAUUUGAGUGGUAGAAUUCCAGCAGAAAUAGGAAACCUGCAUUCACUAAGAAGCUUGUUGAUUCGUAACAACAACUUGGAAGGAAGCAUUCCUUUUGAAAUUGGGAAGCUUCAUUUGCUCUCUGAAUUGCAAUUUGACGAAACACUCAUCCCCACUGUUGCUGGAACAUGCUGUGUAAAUAGAAAAUUUGCACACUGCAUCUGGCAUGGAAAUCUGAGACCAUUAAACUCCUUUAUCAGACCACUUAAAGGGACACUUAUGCGUUAUCUCACACUGUUCUGCAGACAACGUGGAAGUGGCUCAUUGGAUAAUCAAAUAGAGUAUUCCUCUGACAACCUACAAACAGGUUCAUCUAGGCCUCACAUCAUCCAUACUGUACAGAACCAGGCACGCCGUAAGUUAGUUGAACAAUCCAGCAACCUUGCUGCUGUUCCUGCCAAUGGUGGGAACCCUAUGGGUCCUGUUGUUUCAGUGCCAAGCAGCAGAAGUAGUGGCUCAUUUCGUGCUGUGCCUAAUACCCAAGGAACUCCUCCUUCACCCUUACCCUCCUCGCGUCAGCAGCCCGAGUCUCCAAAUCCAAAGGGACAGUCAAAUACUGCUGUUAAACAGCCAACUGACAGACAAGCUCCACCUCCCCCAAAAUCUGGAAAUAUAUGGAACUAUAUAGUUGCUGGUUUUGGGGUAUUUCUGCUCGUUGUUGCUGCAUCCGUUUUCUUAGUUUGCAGAAGCAGAGCUGCAACUACAAUAGGACCUUGGAAGACUGGGUUGAGUGGACAGCUGCAAAAAGCAUUUGUCACAGGGGUCCCAAAGCUUAACAGGUCUGAGCUUGAAACAGCAUGUGAGGAUUUUAGCAAUAUAAUUAGUAGUCAUGAUGCAUAUAUAAUCUACAAGGGAACUCUAUCCAGUGGAGUAGAGAUCGCUGUUGCCUCGACUACUCUAACUUCUCUGAAAGAUUGGUCUGAGAGUGCAGAAAUGGCCUUCAGGAAGAAGAUUGAUACCCUUUCAAGAGUGAACCACAAAAAUUUUGUUAAUCUUAUCGGGUACUGUGAGGAGGAUGAACCUUUCACUAGGAUGAUGGUCUUUGAGUAUGCUCCAAAUGGAACUCUUUCUGAGCAUCUGCAUGUUAAAGAAACCGAUCCUCUUGACUGGUCUGCAAGGAUGAGAGCUAUAAUGGGGACAGCGUAUUGUCUUCAGUACAUGCAUGAUCUCAAUCCUCCAGUGCCCCAUUCCAGCUUGAACUCAAAUGCCAUAUUUUUGACUGACGAUUAUGCUGCUAAGAUUACAGAGAUUGGUUUCUGGUCAGAACUAAUAGCCAAGUCAAAGUCCUCGAGGGAUGAUUUAGAAAAUUCUGAGCUGCCGGCACUUGCCGAUCGUGAAACAAAUAUCUAUAGUUUUGGAAUUCUGUUACUAGAAAUAAUUUCUGGAAAGUCACCUUAUUCAGAAGAACAAGGAUAUCUUCUAAACUGGGCGGCGCAAUACCUUAAAGAUAAGAUGAAUGUGAGUUUCUUGGUUGAUCCAACACUGAAGUCCUUCAAAAAUAAUGAGCUUAUGGUUAUCUGUGAGGUAAUUGAAGAAUGCCUUCAAGAAAAUAUAAGGAAAAGACCAACGAUAGGUGAAGCCAUUGCAAAAUUAAGGGAAGCAAUUGAUAUAUCGCCUGAUGCGGCAGUUCCAAGGCUUUCUCCCCUCUGGUGGGCUGAACUCGAGCUCUUAUCUUCUGAGGCAGCUUAGACUGACUUGUUUUUCUACUUUGUAAGUUUGAGUAUUGCCUUACUACGUAUGAAUACAGCAAAUAUAAAUGGUUUAUCCUCACACUCAACCCCUUACAUACCUAAUGCUUUUCUGUUUUCCCUCUACUCCUCAAGAUUUGUUGGUUCUUUCGUCUCUGCAACAAAUGUAGUCAUACCUUUCCUUGGUGGGAUAUUCUAUAUAGUCUUUGCCAAUCUGUGAUCAAGAGUCGGUUUGUAAAAGCACAUUUGAACAGAUGUUGUCCAAAAUUUGAUCUAUGUUACCCCUGAAGCAAAGAGAUCUUAUUUGUUUUUUUUUU